AUGAAAGUUAAUUUGGUUAAAGAUGCUUCUAAUUAUUCAGAAGAAUGUUUCUUAUUAAAAAUUACAAGAUUUCCAGAGGAAUUAGAAGAAUUUGAACAGUUUUUAAUUCAAGUUUUUUCUAAUGAUAAAAAAUGGUUAAAUAUGCAAAAAAUAUUAGAACAAUGCAUAGAACAUCUAGAUUUAAUUGAAGAUGUUUCAGUGAAAAAGAAGGUGCUUGAAAUGAUUUUAUCUAAAACACAGUUUAAAAUUUUGGAUAUUGAACUAGUAUAUAAGAUGAAAGAAAAGUUAGCAAAAAUAUAUGAAGAUGCUUGUGAAUAUCAUCAAGUUGUUAAAAUACUACAGGAAAUUGCAUUGGAAUCGAGUGAAUGGGUUUUUUCAGACAAUUAUAAACUAAAAAUUUAUGUAUGGAUUCUUCAAAAUUUGUUGGAAAUAGAAAAUAUGACUCUAUUUAAUACGUAUUUUGAGAAAGCUGCAUAUCUUGAUCAUGAUACAUGUGAACCAGAGCUUUUGUUUCGUUUUAAAUUAAUUCAAGCAAAUUUUCUUGAUAAAAGCCAGAAAUUUUUAGAAGCAAGUAAGAAAUAUUAUGAAUUGAGUGCUAUGGAAUGUAUUUCCGAAAUACAACGGUUGGAAUAUUUAGAUGCCGCUAUUAUUUGUAUAGCUUUAUCUCCGGUGUGUCCUACACGAUCUAAAAUAUUGUCUACUUUCUAUGAGAAUUAUAAUUCUGUCAAUUUUUCAAAUUAUUUUAUUUUAGAAAAGCUGCAUUUUAGAAAAAUACUUUUUCCUCGUGAAAUUAAAGAGUUUCAAAAAAAGUUAAAACCCUAUCAAAAUAUCGAACUUGAAGAUGGUACUACCGUAUUUAUGAGAGCUGUUAUAGAACACAAUUUGUUAUCAAUAAGCAAACUAUACUAUAAUAUUAGUUUCUCUGAACUUUCUGACUUACUUGGUAUAAGCGUUGAUAUGACUCAAGAUUAUGUAGCGAAAAUGAUUGAACAGGGUAUUAUAUCUGCUAAAAUUGAUCAUAUUUCUGAGUUGGUUUUAUUUGAUAAUAUAAAUCAAAAUUCUAAAAUAGAAAUGACUCAAUGGGAUGAUUCCAUUCGAAAAAUAUGCAUGAAGAUUGAAAAUAUCUCAUCUAAAAUAUCUUUAAAUUAUAAUGAUUAUAUGACAUUUAAAAACCUAUUAUUUUUAAUAUUUUAUAUAUAUGUUUUCUAUUUUUCCCCAGAAUUCAUGAAGUUUUAG